AUGCUGGCCCCUAGAACGCUCACGCUGCUAGCCUUGGGCUUCGGAGCCAGACUUGCUUCAGCAUGGGAUCAAGCUCCCGCCCUCGCCGGCAAAGGCGCGCCCAUCUCCGACUCGGACCGCCUCUACACAGGCGAUCAGUCGUCCAACACCAUCACUGUUAUCAAGCCGACCACGGGCGAGGUGCUGGGCACCAUCAGCCUAGGCGACAGCCGUCUAACCAACGACCUGAACCCGCAAUACAUCAAGGCCGUCAACUCGCACGGGCUCGGCUUCUCUCCUAACGGCAAGCUCAUCGUCUCACUGGCCAUCACAAGCAACACCGUGACGGUUUUCCGGACCGAGGACAACUCAAUUGCCUCGCAGACGUUUGUGGACCGCAGCUCCCACGAGGCCUUUUUCGAGAGCGAUAACCGACACGUCUGGGUUGGCACACGGGGAGUCGACCGCAUUGACAUCGUCGACGGACUCAAGGGCGGCGUAGUGGGCUAUGUGGAAUCCUACGGCGGCCCAAGCAAGGUUGUCUUCAGCCCGGAUGGCAAGACAGCAUAUGCAAACCACGUGCGGUCCCCGUCACUGUCUGUCAUUGAUGUGGCCAAGCGCCGGGUCAUUGCCAACAUCACCGGCCUGGGCGACGUCUUUUCGUCCGACAUGAUGAUCUCGCCAGACGGGCAGCGGCUUUGGGCAGCGCAUAAGAUGGUGGGUAAAGUGUCCAUCAUCGAUCUCGUCCAUCGCAAAGUCAUCGGCGUCCUGGAGACGGGGGCCGAGACCAACCACGCCAACUUUGCGGUCCUCAACGGCACCAUGCACGGGUUCAUAACCGUGGCGUCGCUCAACGAGACGAGAAUGUAUUCACAGCCGCACGCCAACCAGAUGCCCGUCUACUUGGGCGCCAUCCCUGCCAGCGGCGUCGAACCUCACGGUCUGUGGCCCAGCGCGGACAACACCUACUUGUACGUCGUCAACGAGCACUCGGACACGGUCGACUUUAUCAACUUGACCGUCAACCCCCCCAAGAUCGAAAAGACCAUAAACGUCGCCCAGGAAGGCCAGUCCAUCAUCUACGUGUCAGGCGCCGUGUCGGCAGCCAGUAACGGCACGCAGAACCUGGGCAAGCAAGGCCUUUUCAACAAGCCUGCGCUGAAUAAGAUCCUGACCGAAUCCCAGCCUCAUUCUUCUGGAAAGCUGCCGCCCUCAUGCCUCGUCACGGUGCGGCCAGAGAUUGGACUGGACAUGUUCCAGGUGAUUGGACGGAACCUCGCGUUCAACACAACCUACACCGUUUCGGCCAAGGUCUCUGACAGGCUGAUUCCGCUGGUGGACUUCAACGCGACGGCACCAAUGGGGGAUGGAUGCGGGACGGCGCCGCAGGUAUUGUCAUUUUUCAAGUUCAUCGGCGUCUAUGAUGUUGACGACUUGGUGUUGACGUCCAAACCAAAUGCUUCUUAG